UUGCCAAGCGAUUUGAGUCAACUGAAACUCAGUUCAAAAUGGGGGGAUCAGCCUUCAGCUCCGGGAAAAGAGACCAACCCAGGCCCAAAACGGAGCCUAAUUUGACCUCAAAGAAAAUUCCAAAGAGUGUGCCGAUAUCCAAACAGCUUUCCUCCAUUAAAGCACUGGCCAGAGGCACUGACCUGGAGAAGGCCAUGGCGACAGCACUGCUGGUCUUUUAUAACUCUGCGGGACCAGAUGGCAGAGUCAGUAAAGGGGAUGUGAGAGAACUCUUAGUGACACAGUUUCAGACUUUCAUGCAGGGACAAGAGUCAAAGCCCAAAUACAAAGAGACCAUGGCAGACCUGAGGAAAGACGAGGACAAAAGAAUAGCAGUGGAAGACUUCAUGCUUUUCCUUCUCGGCCUGACAGUCUCUUCAGACCUCCUGACAGAAAUUCAGGGAGCAGGAAUGCAGUAAGGGGACCUCAGUACUCAUUGGUGCAUCUGAUGGCUAACCUAGGAUGGGAGACAACAUUAUCUUCCGUAUUUCACAAAGGAUAAACCCAGCUCCCACUGAAGGCCCCCUUUACCACUCCAGUACAAAGGUUGGUUCAUAGAGAUUCUGGCAGAUCAUUAUAAUUAAGCCAUAGACACAUUUAGAAAAGACUGUGGUAGAAAUAAAUAAAUAUUGAAAGACAACUCAACUUGUUUUAUUUAUUCAGUUCAUGAGAGAGGUUCAGUCAUGAAAAUAUUUACUUUUAUCUUAUUCAAUCCACAGGAAAAUAACUCAUAGUCAAAUAACUCUAGCUUUGCAGAUGCAUUACACCCACACUGUGUCA